AACGUUCAAUUUGUGAGAGUGCAGCUUUAAAGCCACACGGAUCCAGGCCAUAUGAGCACCAAACAAGGAACACAGCGCUGAAAGUUCAUGGAUUUAAUUUUAAAUCUUCGAGGAAGAAUUUGUGAGUGCACAACAACAGCUCUUAACAUCAUGUAUAUGUCACAAACACCAUACCGGAACAGUUGUAAAGAUAAACAGUCAUUCGGAUAUUCGAAGUGUAUAAAAGUUAAAACGGUGCAUCAAGUGUCCGUCAAGUGACACUACUUAUUUACGCUCCGGAAGAUGAUGAAAAGUAGAUUGUGUAUGUUCGCUGUUUGAUUAAUAUCCAACUGUUUGGACAAGGACGUUUGCUUCAACAUCUAAGGACAUCUUACGUUAAAGAGGUUUUGUGCAUUUGGAGUAACCGUUUUCAUUUUACGUGCUUAUAAAUUAUCACUUGACCGGAUUCUGAGGAUUGAUUUUUGGUGUGCAUGUAUUAUGCUUACUUAAUUCUGUGUGCAUACACAAACAUAUCAUUUUUUUUAAUUAUUCGUGUAAAUAUGCAUAUAUCUUCGGGACCUCUGUAUGCAUACAAACACACUCUUUAUGUGAAUACAUGAGGUAAAAGACGAAGGCCAUACGGGUACCAACAUUAGAACGGGCCAAUAGUCACAUUAACUGACUACUUUAUGUUUUAGUGCACAUCAGUUAAAUGGCGAUUCUUUGGAAAAUUUUAGUGGCUGCAACUUGUGUUUCAUUAUUUACAAGGUGCUUAUCCCAGCAAACUAACAACCAAAAAGUUGACAUACGUGGAGACUUCUUAAUUGGCGCACUAUUUCCAAUUCACAACCUUCACGAGGGAGGCACGUGCGGUCACGUCAUACAGGACCAGUCAGGAAUACAAAAUCUGGAGGCACUACUUUUUGCGCUGAAUAAAGUUAAUACAGAGAUUUUAAAAGGGAAAAACUUCAAGUUGGGAACCCUUGCCUACGACACAUGCUAUAGUGACACAGAGGCUCUGAGGCGCGCACAGCAAUACGUAACCUUUAGAACUUACACAUUGGGGCUCGAAUCAAUGUUCAAGUGCACGGACGAUUCCACACCAAGAUUGAAGACCGAGGGCAAGUUGAUAGGCGUGGUUGGAGCCGCCACCUCCGGAGUUUCCAUUCAGCUAGCCACCUUCUUCCGCUUGUUCAAGAUUCCACAGAUUAGCUACGGAGCCACGAGUACUGAGCUGAGCGACACGAGCCGCUACGACUUCUUCUUGCGUACUGUGCCGUCAGACCGUCACCAGGCGCUAGCCAUUGUGCAGAUACUGACGCGAAUGGAAUGGACGUACGUAACGGUCAUCUAUGAGGACACGAGCUACGGGGUUAUGGGAUAUGGAGAGAUAGAGAAAUACGCACAACAAAACGAUAUAUGUAUAGCACAAGCGUACAAGGUCAAACGAUUUAUUGAUUCGGAGGACAUCAACCGAGCGGAAAUAGAAGACGUGGUAAAAUCUCUACUUGUCCACAACAACACUGAAGGUAAGACAGUGGUGAUUCUGUUCGCCUCCGAUGACAUUGUAGAGUCAGUAUUCAGUGUGACCUCUGACCUAAAUCUCAAGAACCGUUUCCGGUGGGUGGGGAGUGACGCAUGGACUGGAAGAACGGUCCGAUCAAGUCAAGUCGCCGAGGGAGCUAUCGGGGUGCAGCCGAAAAUAGUAAAAGUGCCUGAUUUUGACAAAUACUUUUUGGGACUACGCCCUGACAGCCACAAACAAGACCCCUGGUUCAGGGAGUAUUGGGACCAAGUAUUCAACUGCUCAACCCAGGCAAAUGAGACCAUCGACACGGGGAAAAAACACACGCCCCAUUUAGCAAGAACAUGUAAUCCAAAACUGAACCUGUCUGAGGAGAGAGGCACUUACAACCGGAACUUGAACACGUACGCUGUAAUGGACGCGGUGUACGCUUUUGCGUAUGCGCUGAAGGCCUGGCAUGAAGGUGUGUGCGGAACCAUAGACAAUACUAUCUGUUACGAACUUCAAGAAGCAAAAGCUGAAGACCUUAUGACAAAAGGUUACCUAAAGAACGUCUCCUUUGACGACCCUGCUGGUUUCCGCUUUAAGUUCCACAACAGUAGUGGCCCGGCACGGUACAGCAUCAUGCAGUACAUUCAUAACAAAACAACCAACACGUAUAAAUGGGAAGAGGUUGGAGACAUUGACGAGAACCGGCGCCGAUUCAAAAAGAACAUACGUUGGCUUAAGGACAUUUCCUCGCUCUACCGCCCUUCGGUCUGUUCUAGACCAUGCGUAGCCGGCCAGGCGACACAUACGCUACCAAACCGGAAGUGCUGCUGGACGUGUCACACGUGCCCGGAAUAUCAAUAUCUCAACACAUAUAACCAGUCGUGUCUAGACUGUCCUCCUGGCAAACAGACGAACCAGUCGAAAACCGGAUGUUCGGAUAUACCGGAAGAUACGAUUGACAUGAGUCACGUGGUUGCCAUAGUAGCGAUCAUAAUGUCAUGCCUAGGGGCGAUAAUCACCUGCCUCAUCGCCGCAUUGUUCCACUGGCAAAGGGAAACACCUCUUAUUAUGGCAUCGGGGAAAGAACUUAGUUUUGUACUACUUUUCGGUGUUUUAAUGUCCUACCUUUCCACGUUCGCAUUCGUUGCUUACCCUACGCCAGUGUCCUGCGGUACGACACGGUUUAUGCUAGGGAUGAGCUACACUGUUUGUUACGCGGCCAUCUUAGUGAAGACUAACAGAAUUUAUCGAGUGUUCAAUAUACACACUAGCAAGCCAAAAAAAGUUAAAUACAUAAGUGCGAAAUCGCAGCUUCUUAUUACGUCAGCGAUUGUUUCUGUAGAGUUAGCUGCCCUUGUCACGUGGCUGAUAUCAGACAGACCAGCAGUGAUUCACGAGCACCCGACACGUGCGGACAACGUGCGAGUUUGUGAGGAUGCAAAAGACUUUACUUAUCUUGGAGCGUUAGUGUAUCCUUUCUUAUUGAUGAUAGUUUGCAUCUAUUACGCAUUUAAGACUAGAAAAACACCCGACGGGUUUAACGAAACUCGCUAUAUCACAUUUGGAUCAUACUCCUUUUGCGUCCUCUGGAUAGCCUUCAUUUCAAUUUACUUCUCAGUGACUGAUAACACUAUCAGGAUAGUGGCGCUGUGUUUUUCAUCAUUUAUCAACGCUACUGUGACGUUAAUUACGCUGUUCAUCACAAAAGUGUACGUGGUCCUUUUCCGACCCCAGAAAAACACCCGAGAAAAUGUGAUGUCAAGGCGCCGCACCCAGAGCUACGAGACGGUCAGCAUUAACAACCUGAGUAACCUCAGUAGAAUGGCCAGUGCAGUUUCCACUUGGCACUCGGUGCAUCCAAAUACUGGAUCCGAUAAUUCCUCCAUUAUGAACGGACAACCCCCGCAACGUUUCGGGACUGCAUUGUCUGUUUCGGCUCUUUCCGUAAACAUCCUCAACCAAUCAAAUAAUAGCCUCUACUCGGAUCGUUCCACUAAAUCAGCCCCGCCAGUGCAUCGACCGUUUACGGAAGACGAAGUAACACAAUUCGCGGCGAGAAAUUCCACAGACUUGGGCGACGAAAGAUUACAACAAUUUCUAGAAAACAGUAUCGAUUCACACUCGGACAUUGAUGAAGAGGCCGAUACCGGAAACGGUAUCAGUACAGGCGUCCCGAGACGCUCCUUAAGGACAUUCAGAUCCCGCCGGAAGCAGCGACGGACGGUAAAGAGGACACGCAGUAUGGAUGCCGCUCAUUUGCCAAAUAUUAUGGUCACGUGUCCGUCGCAAGAAGAUAAUUCUAAAAUGGUCAGAGUUAUUCAUCUCUGACAAACUUUGCAUUGUAUUGUAUCAUCAUACCAUUUUAUAAAUUACCUACUAGUAUAUAUACAUAUUUAUUUUGCAAUAAAAUUCAUGUUAUCUACA